UCUACGGUCCCGUUGUAGGGGUUGUUUGUUGUGCAGGCCUUUGCUUUGUCUCUCCUGUGCUCUCUGGGGUUGCUGCGAAGCGAUGAGAUGAGAUUCAGGUUGUUUUGUUGCAACACCCAACCGGAGCUGGUUUCUGUGUCGUUAGCGAUGGGUGUGAGGUGAUCUUGUUGCAACACCCAACCGGAGCUGGUUUCUGUGUCGUUAGCGAUGGGUGUGAGGUGAUCUUGUUGCAACACCAGAGCGGGCUAGUUGCAGAGUGUGGUUAGCGACAGGUAUGGAGGAACAAGAGGAUUUGUAUGCCGUAUUUCGGCUGCAAGAGUCUGGGCCGCAGGUGCAGAAUGCUGAUAUUCGAAAAGCUUAUCGCAAGCGGGCCUUAGAGCUUCAUCCCGACAAGCGUGGGGAUGAUCCUGGUGCUGCUGUGGAGUUUCAGAAAUUGCAAAAGGCUUAUGAAAUACUAAAUGACGAGAGGGCUCGUGCUUCGUACGAUGAAUUGCUGCGGGUUCGAAAGGAGAGGGUGGAUAAGGAGAGUAAACAAAGUGAAAAGCGCCAGAAGAUGAUGCGGACUUUGGCAGAGAAAGAAAAGGCGUAUGAUAGGGAGCAGAAAGUUAAAUUAGAAGAGGACUAUGUGCAGAAGCAAUUGAAAGAACAGAUUGCAAGUAUCAACAAGGCUCAUGGUCGAAAAUCUGUAGCACGUUCGUACUUCGAUUUGGGGACAUCUUCGGGUUUGCACGCUCCACAAAUACGCAAAGAAACUCCUGCUUUCGAUAUGCGAAAUUCAGCGGGUCUAAACCGUCAUCAGUUUAAAGAGCCGUCGUUUGCGGCGCCUGAGAUCCCAAUUUCAAAUUCUAAUUCGGAGGCCACAGAGGCAGAGAGGACACUUAAAGUCUCAUGGACAUGCCUUGAGGGAGGUGCUGGGGAUUACUCGGCAGCUCAAUUAGAGAAAAUAUUCCAGGAAUUUGGUGAGAUUCAAGACUUGGUGGUUCGGGCAAGGAAGUCUCUUAAGAAGCGUUCUGCAUUGGUAGUAAUGGCUACUAAACAAGCAGCCGUUUUAGCGACAGAAAGUGUUUGUGGAGAAUACUCCAAUCCUUUGUUGGUUUUGCCCUUGCUUCCAAGGAUAUGAUCUUUACCCUACAAAUUGGAGUUACUUUUUGGCACGCUUGCCGUCAUGUUCCAGGCAGUGACCAUUCGAACUGACACUGAUGUUGUGAUGCGAGAAUUCACAUGGUUUUCAAAAGGAAGUAUUUAUAGAAAGAUCUUCCGCAAUUCCAAUGUACGCUUAACCUUACGACUGUUUCAACGUAGUAGUACUCAAAACAGUGAAACCUGGUGACUUGAACUACUGUAGCUCACUGAACAUUGUUGGGAGGUUGAAGAAUCUAUUUGGAGAUGAGCAGUUGGGGAUGGAAUCUGCCCGGUCAAGAUGGACUUGCCGGAAUUUUGGUCAAGAUCCUUUAUUGUACCUAUACACACUUCGUUGCAUCCAAGUUGAUAGCGAGGAGCUUGAUUUCUAUAGCGCCGAAGCACUACAUCUUUUUAGGUGUAAAUUAAGUUGAGGUGUCUGUUAUGCUAGUUUACAGAACUAAUGAAAUUGAAGCCGCGACCACUUUCGCAGCUAGAUUGUAGUUAUUCAUUUGAAAUGUAUGAAUGGCAUGGAGCAAUAAUCGAAAUGGUGGGCAGUGUUACGGAUGACUCGCAGGCAAGUCGAUGGAUUCUUGUCUUCAAA